AUGGGAACCCCGCGCUCAAUAGUAAAGAAAAAAAAAAUUAAUGCGCUUACCAAUCUGAAAUUUAACAGGACUAAGCUAACCCAGUUCAUCACUAGUGUAGAUAAAGCCUUUCAUCUGAUGUCUGAACCAAGGAAAAGACAAAGAGUACCGGUGUCGUGCCUUGUGUGUAAAAGAAGGAAAGUCAAAUGUGAUAAAAUUAAACCAGUAUGUGGAGUCUGUACGAAGCAUGGUGUGCUGCAUCUCUGUGAAUAUGUAGAUCCACAAUGGUCCAAAGAGACCCAAAAUGAGGUAACCGUAGUACAUAAGACAAGCGACCAAACAGAGAAAACGAUUCAGAAACAAAGGAGCGAGAUAGAAGACUUGAAAAGAAGGUUAGCUUUGGCACAACAAGAGAAGUUAAGUAGUGAUUCAACUAAAUCAGAAGGAACUCUCGCACGUGCGGGAGCUACAUCGAACGGGGGAACAUUGACUCCAUCAACAGUGUCAAUUGUAUCGACAGCUACACCAGGAUUACCCUUUAGCUCUAAAAGCAACAAUAGUUCAGGGAACUCAAAUUCAAUUAGAAACAAUAGGAAGAUAACUAUACUAACGAAGCUAUCCCCAACAAAGAAUCAGACCAUAGAAGUUGAAGAUGACAUCAUGAUCACUUUGAUAAGAAAUCUCCACAGAGAGUUUAUUGACGUAUAUUGCUGGUUGAAUAUCUUGAGGAUUGAUAGUCAGUUAUCUAAUUUGUGGUUCAAGAUUGUAAACCUUCAGAAGAUCUACAGAAUUCACAAGGGCACAAAAGGCUUGACCAACGGAGAUCGUAGUGAUACUCCACCACCACCUACCAAAUGUCCUGUAAUGCAACUAGAUUUGAAUUUGUUGUCACUGCAAACUCCAUUGCCAGUCACAGGUACGCCAAACGUACCUAAAAAGAAACCAGAGAAUGAAAAAAUGACAAUAGCUGAAGAAUAUAACCAGGACUCUGCUAUUGGACUAUUAGUACUUAAGAAGAUUCAAGAAAUGUGGAGUUCCACGUUGAACAGUCUGAGAGAGGAACGUAUGAAUUAUAAACAAAUUAAUUUCUUAUUGAAGUACUACUUUGAGGGAAAGCGCCCAGCAGUUGAUACUAGAGACAUUGUGAAGUUCUACAAAGAAAAGCUCUUCUUACUUAUAAAGCGAGGUGAAAAUGAUGAAGCUAUAUUGAGUAACGCGGUGUCUGGUGAAAAAUCGAUCCCAAAACAAGAAAACCCUAGAUGGACUUCAUUUCUAAACUUAAAACUGAGAGGGGUCUAUUUGGGUAUAAUUGCAUUAAUAGUCGAUGAAACAUUGUCGAUUUUAAGGGGAUAUCUAGGAGAAGAGGAGAGAAAAGAAGUGGGGACGAAUGGAGACGAAGAGUUUAUCAAUACUUUUAAGGCAUUAUUUCCUUCUGAAGUUGCGUUAUAUCCUUUAGGUGAUAAACUUAAUAAGAUCCAAGAUCAUGUACAAGACUUUUUGACCUCAUACGCUUUAAUUAGUUUAGACGGAGGGACAGAUGAUGUCGACUUUACUCAAAGAAUUCCCUACUUGGCAUGUUGCAUUUUAUCAUUGAAUAUGAGUAUCUGCAAUUUCAAUAGAAGUGCUUCCUCAGUUUCUGCAAGCACAAGACUGAUCCUGUUUGCAGCAGUCUUCCCUAUAUUCAUCAAGAGCUUAUUAAAUUGCGAUACAUUAGCUAUAUGGGUCAAUCCUAUGUGCAUAACAAUUACGACGGAAGGAACGACCCAGAAGAGAAUAAAAGAUUUUCGAAUUCAAAUCUGUUUACUUUGGAAAGAAACAAUUAGAUUGAUAAAUAUUGUUACUUUUUCAUUGAUUCCUGUGGUGAGAAUUACCGACUUUAUUGGAGAUAAUGUAUUACAACUACUUGAGAAAAUCGAAGAAUCAGAACGUAAGCACUUUCAUACUGAGUUUAUCAAAAGUGUUCCAGCGUUGAUAUCUUCGACAUCAUUCAGUUCAGGCUUCUUGAUUGCAAGAAUUUUCAAUAUACUAUCAAGAGGGAUCAAUGGAAUUACUAUUGAUACAGAAUUAUUAAAAAGUUUAACAAUUGAGUGUGGGGUCUGGAUUGUGGACGAGACUUCUACUACUAGAGUGAUUGAAGAGCAAGUCAUGUUACACUAUAUUAGAUUUUUUCUCACUUUUACAAUGAUGAUUCAAGGUGAAGAGGAUUUGAAGGCAGCUGGCGAAGUUAGCGACAAAGAGGCCAUAUUAGAAACUAAUUGUGUAAAUGCGUUAACUAAAUUCUUUGCACUUAUUAACUAUGUUAGUAAAAUUGGUGCUAAUUUGAGAAAUAACAUGACUCAUUCUAAGUAUAUUAUACAAGUGGUAACAGAAAUAAUGACCAGAAUAGUUCCAAUGAUAUCAGGAAUCUUGAUUAGGAUAGGUGAUGGCCUUCAAAUUAGUACAGGAAAUGUCGACAAGUUAUUGUCUGGUAUUGAAGUGGGUUUCCUUAAGGCGGAAACAAGUACCAGGACAGAAUUGAAUCACAAGAUUAUGCAUAUUACCAGUAAACUUAUUGAUAAAUUGAAGGAAAUAUCCUUUCUCAAAGAUGAGAGAGUAAACAUGUUGUCUAGAGUUUGGAACUUUUAUAUGGUUUUCAUUAAUAAUAUCCAUAGGAUCAGUUACAGUAACUACGCAGCGAUUCAUGCAAACGUGCCCGUGUUCAAUCAGACACUCAAAGGAAGCUGCCCUCUUAAAUUUAUGGAAACUAUAGGCAAAGAAAUGAUUCCUAAUAUGAGUGGUGGAAAUACCCCAAAGAGCGGGAAGUGUCCUGUUGACCAUGCAGCUUUAGCAGAAAGUAAAGGUGGAAAAUGCCCCGUUGACCAUUCGGCUUUAGCAGAGAGUAAAGGUGGAAAAUGCCCUGUCGAUCAUUCACAGAUCUCCACUAGUGGGAAGUGUCCAAUCGACUACAAAUCAAUGAAUAUGAAUGGUAACUCAACUAAUAAUACCAAAAGAGCAAGAAAAUGCCCAUUUGACCAUGAAUCGAUAUAUACGAGUAGUAAAGGAGGAAAUGUGAGCCCCAUAGAAAGCCACAUUAGGGGAGAAAGAGGAAUGAAUGGCAAACCGAAUAGCGAAUCUCCACCUCCGAACUCUUCUUCUAUGACUCCUACGAGUAUCCCAACGCCGGUUGCAUUAGAAACUGGGGCCGAGCAAGGAAUGGGUAUGACUUCAUCAAAGUUGAAUGCUUUUGAAGUCCCUGAUUUUUUGCUGAAAUCAGAACAAGACCUUUUACCAGGCAUAUUGAAUGACUUUGCGGACAUGGACUUCGAGCUUGGGCUAGACUUUAAUACGUUGCAUUCAGAUUUUCUGGCUACUGAACAGAGCAUUGAUAGCUUAUUCCAGUAG